GGGAGGGGGACGUCCUGCACCCCCUUCCCCUUUGAAAUGGGGGUCCAGCUCGGAGUUUUCUCUAAACGCAACUGGUGGGUGCUUAACCAUGUCCUAAUAAAGCACGCUCCUCCAAGGGUUUGCAUAACUCUUGCAAAUUCCCAGACGAGGCCAUGGCAGAGCGUGGGGCGCACCUCACCGCUGCUUCCACCUGCGAGGACAGACCUUCCAUCUUUGAAGUUGUCGCCCAGGACAGCUUGAUGUCUGCAGUGAGACCUGCGCUUCAGCACGUGGCCAAGGUGCUGGCCGAAUCCAACCCUGGCCGUUACGGCUUCCUCUGGCGCUGGUUUGAUGAAAUCUACGCCUUCGUAGACCUGCUGCUCCAACAGAGCUACCUCUCCAGCUGCAGCGCCUCCUUUCCUGAAAACAUCUAUGGCUUGAAGCGAGUCGUUCUGAGAGGUGGGGGUGCUAAGCGGCCAGGGCGGCUGGCCACGGCCGGGCUGCCACGGAGGCAGCACUGGAAAUCCCUUUGCUUGCUGGUCUUUGUUCCCUAUCUGAGGACCAAACUGGAGAAACUGGUCUCCCGCCUGCAGGAAGAGGAAGAUUACUCCAUCCACCCUCCGAGGUCCUGCUGGAAGCGCUUUUAUCGAGCCUUCCUGGCCGCCUAUCCCUUCGUGAACCUGGCCUGGGAAGGCUGGUUUCUGGCCCAGCAGCUGUGCUACAUCCUGGGGGGUGCCCAGCACCACUCGCCCCUGCUGAAGCUGGCUGGCGUGCAGCUGGUCAGGCUGACGGGCGCAGACAUGCAGGCGUUCGAAGACAAACUGGCAGCCGCUCGCACGGCCCCACAGGCGUCCGGAAGCGUGACGGAGCGAGUGUGGCUCGCCCUGCGGAAGGCCUGGCACGGGCUGGCCUUCUCCCUCUCCACUGGCCUCUCCAUGAGCGUCUUCUUCCUCCAGUUUCUGGAGUGGUGGUACUCCUCUGAGAACCAGGAGGCCAUCAAAUCCCUGACUGCCCUGCCGCCCCCGCCGCCCCCGCUGCACCUGGACCUGGGAGCUGACGCCCACCUCCUGCCCAGGCUCAGGACCGUGUGCCCCCUGUGCCGCAAAAUCCGCUCCAACGACACGGCCCUCUCCACGUCCGGCUUCGUCUACUGUUACCGCUGCGCCUACAACCACGUCAAGCGCCACCAGCGGUGCCCCGUCACCGGCUACGCCACGGAACUGCAGCACCUCGUCAAGCUGUACACGCCGGAAAACUGAGGGGUGCGCUGGCCGGCGCCUGUCCCCGAGCUCUUCCGUCGCGCAUGCAGAGAGCGUCAGCUGCGGUUGCAGGCGGGCCUCCCGUGACUGGAUUCUUUGCUUUGUUCCAGCAGGUCAGGUGGCCUCUAAGAGUUUGCUCAGCCUUGCUAUUCGCCAAGCAGCCCCCUCCGCCUGGAACUCUUGCUUUCCCGCUCAGCUAAUCUCGCAAGGGCAGAUCAGCCGAGCAGGAUAGCCAGAGGGGGAAAGAACAGCCCUCUUGGGGGGACGUGGGGGCACCGUUCCGCGGUGGACCCUCGUGCCGGGAAUCCUGAAGGCUUCCCUGCGAGUCUUCUGUGGAAGAACCGUUCGGGGGCCUCGCCGAGAAGGAGUGGAAAACAAGGGCUGUCUCAUUACUCUGUGCAACUAAUUAUCUUCUGUUCUUCAGCAGCUGGGAAACUUUGCAGUAAAGUGCUUGGCUGUCUCACGUGGUGAGGACAACAUGCGGCCGAGUUCGUGGCGGCUUCCCUGCGAGGCGAAUGCAAUUAAAGCAUGAGGCAGAGCUGUCGAGGCGCAGCUCGACCCUUCGGGGCUUCCAGCCCAGCCCUGCUCCCUCUCCUCCCACUUUUCCACCGCUUCUCUAGAGGCCCCUUGUGCCCAGCCAGCCGGCUGGAGGGAGGAAGGGCCCCCUGGUGCCCUUGGCCACAGCCUCCUCCCGCGGGGGCCCUUUCUGUGUGGGAGGGUGGUGCAAGAUGCUGCGAGACCAUCCCGACAGCCUCUUCCGGUCCUGCCCGCUCUCGCCGCCGCCUCCCGCUCAGCACCCCCGGCUCGCACAGGAGCGGGCGAGGCUGGGUGGCGUCGGCCCCGAUGCCAGGGGAGACGAGGGCCCGCCUCGGCGGCCUGCCGGCAGGUGUUUCCCUCGUGCCGCCCGGUGCAAGACGCCCUGCCGAAGCACCAAGCGCUCCACUUUCCACCCGAACCACGAGGGCAGCUCUGCCUGAGGAGGCUGUGCGAGCCAAGAAGCCGAGUGGCUCUUCCUCCAGCGGCACGUCCCCAGACUUUCUGCACCUGCAGCAACACGCAGAACAAGGUACCGGGCAGCCCUCCUUUCUGGGAAGCUGUUCAUGGAGAAGGUACAUGAGCAAGCGACUUGUCCGUGGAGUCCUUUCGGGGGUACUUUUGGGGAACAGCACAUAGCUAGAUAUUCCCAUGCGAAGAGCAGCAGCAUCUGGCCAGCACUAACUCUUCAAAAUGUGUUAGAGGGUGAACAAGCAUGUCGAAGGGCCAGAUAAGCUCGGGUGAGCUCUGCCGGGAUGCCGUGCUCAGACAGCCGCCCUUCUGAACUGUGUUGUCAUUAACGCCAGAACUCUGAAAUAUAUAGAAACCCUUUAUUCCGAAUAAACAAUUGACUACAUUCUUAAAACUUC